ACUGUAAGCAAAUCCACGGCGAUGCAAGGACCUCAACCUGCCACGGCACCUGGAGUCCCCUAUGGCCCCCCUCAGCCUGUCCCUGGGACUUACCAAGGUGCAGGGAACUAUGGCUUCCAAGCCCAGUACACGGGAUUCCCAGGCGGACCUGCUGUUCCACCUGUGCAGAAUCAGCCCGUCAUGCAUGGGGGGACGAUUUGGAUGCCUAUCCCUCCUUCUAUUCCCAACUGCCCUCCUGGACUGGAAUACCUCACACAGAUUGACCAGAUAUUAAUUCAUCAGCAAAUCGAACUUCUUGAGAUUUUGACUGGCUUUGAAACAAACAACAAAUACGAGCUGAAGAAUGCGCUGGGGCAGAGGGUGUACUUUGCAGCAGAGGACACCGACUGCCUCACCAGGAUGUGCUGUGGCCCCUCGCGGCCCUUCACCCUCCACAUCAUCGACAACCUGGGCCGCGAGGUGAUAACCCUGCAGAGGCCCCUGCGCUGCUCCUCCUGCUGCUUCCCCUGCUGUCUGCAGGAGAUGGAAGUGCAGGCGCCUCCAGGAACAACAGUUGGUUAUGUUGUCCAGAACUGGCAUGCCUGCCUGCCAAAGUUCACCAUUCAAGAUGAGAAAAGAAUGGAUAUUCUGAAAAUUACCGGCCCCUGUGUCGUCUGCAGCUGUUGUGAUGAUGUUAAUUUUGAGGUGAAGUCUGUGGAUGAGACCUGUACUGUGGGGAGGAUCUCUAAGCACUGGACUGGGUUUGUGAAAGAAGCCUUUACAGAUGCAGAUAACUUUGGAAUCGCAUUCCCAAUGGACCUGGAUGUGAGAAUGAAAGCUGUCAUGAUCGGAGCUUGCUUCCUUAUCGACUUCAUGUUUUUUGAGCACGGUGCUGAUAGGCAACAGCAGUCGGGAGUUUGGUGAUGAAAUCUAGAAGUUUUUUAUAGAAGAAAGAAGAACAUGGAUCUCCCAGUGAACUGCAGGGCUCCAGUAAGAAUGUGAGAAGUGUACAUAUUACAGUUACACUUCUAUAACGGAAAAGCUUUAUUAUCCUUUUUUUCUUGGUGUGUUUUUUUUUUUUUUUUGUGGGGGGUUCUCUGGUGAAAUACUUUGUAGUAUUGAAAUAGGAACCCUUUAUCUGCAUAGAUGAAUACUGUGGUUUAUAAAAAUACAUGGCAACCUUUUUAUUCCCAAGAGAUUUGAAAUUGUAAAGUAACUACUUAUAGUAAUACUUGAAUU